AUGUUCACUGGUUUUGGAUCAUUGGGUGGGGGUUUUAUGAGCCUCCCUCAAAAGUUUGAGGAUUUUUUUAGGUGUUAUCCAAUUGCGAUGAUGAACGAUCGGAUCAGAAAAGAUGACGCCAACUACGGUGGCAAGAUCUUUCUACCACCUAGCGCCCUAAACAAAUUGACCAUGCUAAAUAUAAGGUAUCCAAUGCUAUUUGAACUGACCGUUCCUGACACUGGUAAAAUUACACACGGUGGUGUUUUAGAAUUCAUUGCUGAGGAAGGGAGAGUGUACCUGCCUCAAUGGAUGAUGGAAACACUGGAGGUACGGCCUGGAUCUUUGCUUCAAAUCGGAACUACAGAUGUCCCACAAGGUCAAUUUGUUAAAAUUGAGCCUCAAUCUGUGGACUUCUUAGAUAUUUCAGACCCAAAAGCAGUACUGGAGAACGUCCUAAGAAAGUUCUCGACUCUUACUGUUGAUGACAUUAUCGAGAUCAGCUACAAUAAUAAAAUUUACAGGAUAAAAGUACUUGAAGUGAAACCUGAAUCAUCUUCGAGUAGCAUAUGUGUGAUUGAAACAGAUCUAGUGACAGAUUUUGCCCCCCCAGUUGGAUACGUGGAGCCUGACUACAAAGCCCAGCAGGUAAAAAGAUCUAAGCCUCCAGUUGAUGCCUCUGCAAGAGGUUUAGGAACGAUGUCGCAGCGUAUACAUUAUCCUUCAAUAGUUCGAUCAACUGACAAAUCCUCUUCCGCUUUUGUCGGUGAAGGUCAAAGUUUGACUGGGAAAACUAUAUCAAAAAAGACAGAGAUCGGUUCCCCUGAUGUUAAAAUAUCCUUGGAUGGCGACCCAGCGCCCCUCAAUUUACCAGAUGGUCAGCUCUUCUUUGGCUUUCCAAUAGUACCUCCUAAAAUUAGUGAUCAGGAGGAUGAUACUACUGAGGAGAAAGCGCAAUUUAAAGGUCAGGGUCAAAGUUUAAGACAAAGUAAUAAAAGAAGAGGUAAAAAAGACCACGAAAGUCCCAGAGCAAAGGCUCCAAAAAGUCCAGAGGUCAUCGAAAUAGAUUAG